AUGGGACGCACGUGUAAUCUGGUGCGUCUCGCCGGCUUUGCCCUGGUUACUGGGAUUGCUUCCGGUGGAUGCCCGUUCCUUUCAGGUCAAGAGGACCAGCAGCAACUUGGCAACCACAUCGGUGGGGAACGCCUCCUCUCCACCGACAGCGGUUAUGAAGAAGGCGCCGACUACUCCCGAGAGACAUAUGAAGCCAUCAAGGCCGACAUCUUGGCUGUGUUCGUCGACUCCAAGGACUUCUGGCCGGCCGAUUUCGGCAACUAUGCCCCUUUGAUGAUUCGCCUUGCUUGGCACUGCGCCGGAAGCUACCGCAAUUCCGACGGGCGAGGGGGCUGCGAUGGCGGUAGGAUCCGCUUCUUCCCGGAGCACGGCUGGGCUGACAACACCAACCUGGACAAGGCCCUGACCCUGCUGACGCCCAUCAAGCUCAAGCACGGCGACGCGAUCUCGUGGGGUGACCUCAUCACGCUCACGGGAGACAUGGCCAUCUCGAGCAUGGGGGGUCCCAUCCUGGGAUUCUGCGCUGGUAGGCAGGAUGACUCCUCCGGCUACGACAGUCUCGAACUCGGCCCGACUGAGGAGCAGGAGGCGACUGCUCCUUGCGCCGUGAACGGAACGUGCGAGGUUCCUCUUGGAACCAGCACGGUGGGGCUCAUCUACGUCAACCCAGGCGGGCCGAUGGGUGUCCCUGAGCCUACGGAAAGUGCACCCCAGAUCCGUGAAGUUUUCGCGCGGAUGGGUAUGAACGACACCGAGACCGUGGCUCUCAUCGGCGGAGGGCACGCGUUCGGAAAGGUUCACGGGGCAUGCCCUACCGGUCCUGGCGCGGACCCCAUCGACGCCCCCGAAGACCCCUGGCCGGGAACGUGCGGGGACCCCGAUUCCGACACCUUCGGGAAAGGCGAUAACACCUUCACCUCAGGCUUUGAGGGAGCAUGGACUGAGGAGCCCACGGUAUGGGACAACCAUUACUUCAUCGACCUCCUCGAGUAUGAUUGGAUUCAAGACGAGAGCCCCGCCGGCAACAUCCAGUGGAUUCCCGUGCUGAAAGAAGACGCCACUGAAACUGACGUUCCCGACAUUAUCAUGCUAACUUCGGACGUCGCCCUGUUGAUGGACACCGAGUACCUCGCUAUCGUGGAAGAGUUCGCCUCCAACCAAGAAGCCCUGGAUGUCGCCUUCUCCAACGCCUGGUACAAACUCGUCACUCGCGACAUGGGCCCGUACACGCGUUGCGUCGGGACCGACGUCCCUCCCCCGCAAGAUUUCCAACUCCCGCUCCCCGACAAGCCGACGGACCUCCCGAGUUCCACGGAGGCCAAGCGAGCGAUCGGCCGAAUCCUGGAGGCGGAUUCAACGUACGCGUCCCUGCUCGUGACCCUGGCCUACCAGUGCGCGUCUACCUUCCGGUCUACGGACUACAUGGGGGGCUGUAACGGUGCCAGGAUCAGGUUCCCGCCUCAGAGCGAGUGGGCUAGCAACGCGGGCUUGAGCACGCCCUGGGAGAUGGAGAUUGAUCGCUUUGGAUACAUCCAAAGGCGCUAG